AUGGCGCAGGCUGACACUGGCCAUCUUCUCGAAAGCCUGCGCCUGAGUUCGUCAAGCCAUGAAAAUGACAUCAACCAUAAUGACCCCUCGUCCUCGGACGACAUCUCUGGCGAGAUGAGCAGGUCCUCGGAUAAACCUCCUGUACCACGCCGCCCACCAUUCAGAAGCUCUGGUACAAGUCAAGACACCAUUCGGCCAACGGCCACUCCUCCUGUGGACAUACCAGCUACCAGCGACUCUCCCGCCGUAAUAGGACACUCUAGUAGCCCCGGGAGCUACAUAGAUCAGUACAUGCGCCGUCGAAACCCCUCGGUCAGCUUCAGCAACGAGAUCAAAUUGGACUCGGGACAUCGUCAGAGCAUGCAAGAGCCCUUGGAGAAGCCUUCAAAAACUCGCGAACGUGGUCGCUCCUUGUUCCAGGCCAUGGCAGACGCACAGAAAUCGUCUAGGGCGCACAGUGAGUCAGAGCGGUCACACUAUGAUCCUGUCACAGGCCGGCACCUGCCCAGAUACUCUCAGAGCCCACCGAGGGAACAAGCCCGUGUUGGUGAGGGCCGUUUUCCUUUGCUGCAAACCACCGUGGAUGCAUUAGCAAGAGAAUCUCAACCAGAUCUCCAGCAUACCAUGUCGAUGCUGUCCGAUUCCGUGCUGUCCUCUGAUGAGCAAGCCAUCACGGCUCCAGAUGAGGACAACUAUUUGCUAUCUCCCGCAGCAGCCUCGCCCUUCGCAAGUCAGGCAUUCUCCUAUGAGGAACCUAAGCCAUUCCGACGCACUGCCUCUCAGAGAUGGCGAGAGGGCGACACCAGCGCCUCUCCGCAGGACUUCUUUGCACGAGCAGGGAGUUUGCGCAACAAAAGCAUGCGAGAUAUCGCAGGCCGGGCAUCUCGUCGGGACACAUCGGGCUCCGCCACACGAUCACCCAGAUCAGCAGCCUCCUCGUAUCUGCGGGCGUUCUCCAUGAGCAGCGGGACGAAUGGUGAGGGAGCUGACACAGGACCCCUCGCCUGCGACUCCGAGGGCCAGACCAUUGGUGAUGACUACGUGCUCGGCAAGCAGAUUGGAUACGGCGGUUUUAGCACGAUUAGGCAAGUGACGCAGCUUCAAGACAGUACGCACCGUAUACUCGCUGUCAAGAUCGUCCGCCGCCAGAUCGAGGAUAAAAGUGAGACGGAGAACGAGCAAGCUCAGGCCGAGUUUGAGCACGAGGUUGAGCUAUGGAGGUUCCUCAACCAUCCCAAUAUCCUGCCUCUUGAGGCAGUCUACAAACUGGACGAAGCGACUUUCUGCUUCAUCCCACUCAACACAGGUGGAACGCUCUUUGAUCUUGUCCGCGCCAACCGCCAAGGUGUUCCGCAGGAGCUCUCCAAGAGCUAUUCCUACCAACUUGCCUCAGCACUGCGUUAUCUCCACCUCGACGCCCGCGUCGUGCACCGUGACGUGAAGCUAGAAAACUGCCUGAUAGAACUCAGCAGUGAUGGAGGACCAGGUCUCCUUCGCCUCUGUGACUUCGGUAUGGCAGAAUGGCUCUCGAAUGACAGCAUGUCUGGCCCUCCCAGCCCUGAAUUCAACGAUGCCGAUCGGCCUCCGCAGAAACCCAUCGGACCGGCCGACACCUCAACCUCGGCGUUCGCAGGGGGAAGCCUUGAAUACGCCGCCCCCGAGAUCUUGCGUAUUGCAGAACGCCUCAAGGCUCAUGUGCCUGUCGAGCGUGCUAUUGUGUCGCCGGCGGUCGACAUUUGGGCCUACGGCGUGUGUGUCUACAGCAUGAUUGUAGGCUCGCGUCCAUUCCAGAACUCCUUUCAGCCUCGGGUAGUCAUGGCCAUUCUGGGUGGAGAUUGGAAUCGUGCCCUGCUUUCGGACAAAGGAGGGACGGACGCCCACGAGCUGGUUAGUGGAUGCCUUGAAAUGGAUGAAACCUUGCGCUGGGACAUUACGAGAGUGGUGGAUUGUGCCUGGCUUGAAGAGCUUGCAGCCCAAGAGGACAACCAGCAGGGUAUAAAUGGUUGGCGAUUAUGA